UGGGACUAGCACUGAAACCAGGACAAAAUAUUUGACUAAAACAUUUAUUUUUUAAAGCAAAAAUAUCAUCACAAACUUGAAUAUAAAGGCUAUAUAGGCCUUAUUUCGUAGUCCAUGUUACUUAAUUGGAGGUUUAAUUCCGUGACUGCCGCUCAAAAGCUUUACAUUCAACAAAAAUAAUUGAGUUGUUGAUAAACAUAAGCUAUAUGAUUACAACAGACAUCAAGAAUUUUUAGGGAUUUAUUCAACAAUUCAUCAUGGAAAAUCUCCGCCAGACCCUCAAACAAGACAAUCAAGUGGAUUUUAUAUCUCAUUUCUCGUCCACACACACUGAAGAUGCGUUCAAAGCGAUGAAGAGAAUGAAAGUCAACUCUGAACUUUGUGACGUCCUUCUUGUUGUUGGAGAGCGAAGGAUUGCUGCCCAUAGGCUUGUCCUGGCUUCGUGUUGCCCUUAUUUUCACGCUAUGUUUACUAGUGAACUUCUUGAGAGCCGACAAGGGGAAGUCACUUUACAAGGAGUCGAUCCAGAUGCUAUGGAGAUGAUGGUUGAGUUUGCUUACACAGCCAGAAUUACGGUUACUGAAGAGAACGUUCAGUCUCUUCUUCCUGCUUCUUGUCUUCUUCAGCUGAAUAGCGUUAGAGAAGCCUGCUGUGAGUUUCUUAAGAAUCAACUUCAUCCUUCAAACUGUCUUGGGAUUCGCUCUUUCGCAGAUGCUCAUGUUUGUAAAGAGUUGUUGGAUUCCUCUCACAGAUUUGCUCUGAACCAUUUUGUUGAUGUUUGUCAGACUGAAGAGUUUUUACUCUUGGAUGUAAACCAAGUAUUUGAGCUGAUCUCGAGUGAUGAUAUCAAUGUUAAAAGCGAGGAGCAAGUAUACAAUGCAGUUAUUACAUGGGUUAAUCACGAUAAAGAUCAUAGAAAGAGCUUAAUACAUCAACUGUUGCCUCACAUUAGACUAGCUUUACUAUCAAGAGAAUGCCUAAUGACAAGAGUAGAAACAGAAGAUAUUAUAAGAUUUAAUCAGGACUGUAAGGACCUUCUAAUAGAAGCAAUGAAAUACCACUUAUUACCAGAAAAAAGAAAUAUGUUACAAAGUCCAAGGACAAAGCCGCGCAACCCUCAAGGACAAGUGCCAAUCCUGUUUGCAAUUGGAGGAGGUAGCUUGUUUGCAAUCCACAGUGAAUGUGAGUGUUAUGAUCCUCGGAUGGAGAGAUGGUGCAUGAUUGCACCCAUGUCGACAAAACGAUCUAGGGUUGGAAUAGGUGUUAUAGACAGUAGAGUAUAUGCAGUAGGAGGGUAUGAUGGGUGUAAUGACCUUGCAACAGUCGAGUGCUACUUCCCCCAAGAGAACCAAUGGUCACCAGUGACACCGAUGGGUACUCGACGCAGUUGUCUUGGAGUUGCUGUUGUCAAUGGUCUAAUAUAUGCUAUAGGGGGGUAUGAUGGGGCAUCAUGUCUUAACAGUACAGAAAGGUAUGACCCUCUGACGGAUCAGUGGACUUCAGUAGCUGCCAUGAGCGUACGAAGGCGGUAUGUUCGCGUUGGUGUUGUUCGAGGUAUUAUUUACGCAGUUGGUGGUUAUGACGGCAGUGCWCACUUGAACACGGUAGAGUGUUUUGACCCUUUAACAAACAAAUGGAAGCCAGUUGCUAACAUGUCUAGUAGACGGAGCAGUGCUGGAGUGGCUGUUCUCAAUGACUUCCUCUAUGUCGUGGGUGGAAAUGAUGGUGCAUCCUGCUUGAAUACAAUGGAAAGAUACGAUCCAACAACCCACACCUGGAUGUYGUUAGCGCCAAUGGGUGUACGUCGAAGCACCCAUGACUUAGCUGUAUUAAACAAACUGUUAUUUGCAGUUGGUGGCAAUGAUGGCAGUUCUAGCUUGAACAGUAUCGAAAAAUAUGAUCCAGAGACCAACAAGUGGGUUGCAGUUGUUCCUAUGAGUACAAGACGCAGUAGUGUUGGGACAACUGUAGCACAAGUUCUGCUUGUUUAACCUGAUGAUAAUACUUGCAUUGAAAUCAAAAUGACMGGUAUUCUAAAAGGACCUUUUUGUAGUUGGAUUACAAGAAUUUUGAAGAAUUUAAGUGUGUUGAGUAGAAGUGUGUCAGAGUAAGGACGAACACUAACAGAAAGAAUAGGAAGGGYAUUUUGAGCGUGGAGAGCCUGUAUGGAGAGACUACUAUUUUUCCAUGGGGGUGGUAGUAGGGCUAUAUUUUUACUUUUAUUGUUAGAACAUUACAUAACUUUUAAGUCUGCAGGACAGACUUGGUUACUUCAUCGUCUUUUAAGAAGUUGUGGUUUUAAAUAUUUGUAGGUUGUACAUUAGUAAUUGAUCUAGAAGACAGACUCCAUUCCACUUUUCCCUAAAUUGCAGGAUAAAAAAGUCUGCCUAGAUUUGACAAUUCUAACUUGUAUGAAAAUAGUCCCUUCAUAUUUCCCUGUGCCAUCUUGAAAGGUAGCUGUGGCUUUGCAUCGAAGCAAGACAAACGGUGAGCUUGCAGUGAUAGAGACCUUUUUAACACCUUGAACAAUAUUAUUCACUUGUCUCUAUCACUGUAAGCUCACUGUCUGUCUUGCUUYGAUGCAAAGGCGCAGCUACCUUUCAAGAUGGCACCUGGAACUGUGAAGGGGAMUAUUGCAAUAAUAGACAAUACACGUUAUAAUAAUUUGUUGUGGUACAGUGUUUUUUUCAUUACAGACCACAUGCCAUUCUCUUGAAAAUAAGAUUCUUAGUUUGAGUUGUAUCCUUUAUGUGUCUUCUUGCAUGCAACUGUUAAACAAAGAAAUGACACUCUAGAAAAUGACAUGUAGUCUGUAAUGGAAAAACUUCGCAUUACCAUGCAUAAGAGUAUCUAUUAAAUCAAUAUAUAACCAAUAAA